GGGGCUACCAUUGGCAUAUCAUCAUCAUCAUCAUCACGUUUUUAGCAGAGGCCAACAAUUUCAUCUCUGGACACUACUACCCAUCAUCCUUUGGCCAUGCCUGGUUUACAUGGCCGAGGGGGCUAGGACGGCGCCGGCGCCGCCGCCGCCCACUGAGAGGGUGGUGGUUAAUUCUUCCGAGCUCCACGCCGUGAGGAAAGUUCUGUGUUCCAUGCAGGUAUUCCCAGCUACGUGCGGGAAUACCAAGCUGGAGGGGAAGAUGACGGCAGCUGACGUCAGCAGUCCUCUGGCGUUCGCCAAGCGCAACUUAGAGCUGGCCGCCUCUGAGCUGUCGGCGCUGCGGUCCUCGUCGCCGCUGACAUCAGGUUUCCGGCUGCGUCCGGACCACGCUCAUCAGAUAAAUCUUUUAAAAUCCCUCCGAGCAUCGCCGUGGCUAGCGACUGCUCCUCGCCCAGACGAGUUCCCAGAUGAACCUCGUUACGAUGAGAUCGAAAGCAAUUGGGGCGAGUGUCGGGUGAUAUUCGAGGAGCUUCGUAUCGUCCUCGAGGGCGCUCUGGAGAAGCUGGGAGGAGGAGGAGAGGAGAUUGGGGAGGAGGAGAGGGUUGGUAUGGUGAGAUCAUUAGCGAGGGGGCGUUGGCACAUGGAUCUGUGUUACGUGGGACUGAAGACGGAAGGGAGCGGGUGGGUGGAGUCGUUCUCACCGAUAAUACAUGACCACUUGUGGGACUAUUCUGCCUACUCUGGUUAUGCCCUCUUCGUCUUGAGCAACCCCAAAGAGAUGGAGACUAGGAUGAUGAAGAUGAUCCAGGAUGGGGAUGCUCAACGACGACCAUGCUUCCUAUCCUCUUCAUCAUAAUCCUCCAUUCUCAUAUACUCCCUCCCUCCGUACCAUAAAGAUUUGAUUGAACCGUUCGACUAAAAUGAGUAUGAUGUACCUGUUGACAAUUGGAAGACAGACAGCACAUUAGUUCUUGGAGAACCACUCAUGGAAAAUGGAAAUUGGACACCAAUGUACGUGGACCGAGGCCACUACUAUGUCAGCAUCCAAGAGAUAUGGAUCGGGGACAAAAAACUCGAUGCCCCGAUCCGAGAAAUAAGACGGUUUCCAGACAAUAGAGGAGGAGCUCUAAUAGACACAGGUUCUACCUUAAAUGUGCUUCAAAGCGGUACAUUCAAAGCGUUCAUGGACGAAAUAAAUAGAUUGAUGAGCA